GAAAAUGACCCAUUUCUAGUUUCAGCCUAUUAGCUUAGUGGCUGUGGAGUCUUCCACUAUUUAACCUUGCUAAGUUGAUGUUUAGAGAAGUAACAUCAGAAUAAUUGCAACAUUUCUAUUAUGGCUUUUGCCUUAAGGAAUAUGUUCCAUCUGCAGCCAGUACUUUAUAAAUCUCUGCCACUUUUUGUAAGGUUGCAAUUAGAAAGCAGUGGGAGACCUACAGCUGUGUUCCUGAAUUACUGCAGGCAACAUGGGGCCCAGCAAGCUAUUCAGGCCAGAUUUCUAGCUACCAAGAAAAGCAAAGUGAAAGGCAAGGGUCAGCCUCCGACUAGAGUCAAUAUCAAUGCUUCCUUGGUGGAGGACAUCAUCAAUUUAGAAGAAGUAAAAGAAGAGAUGCAUGUUUUAGUAGAACACCUUAAAGAAGAGUACAGCAAAAACUUGAGCCUGAGGACCUCCCCUGGGGCCCUUGACCACAUUACAGUGACAGUGAAAGAUGGGAAAUUUCCUUUAAAGCAGCUUGGGCAAAUCUCUCUGAAAUCACCUCAGUUUAUUCUGGUGAACAUGAACAGCUUUCCAGAGGCUACAUCUGCAGCAGCCAAAGCCAUAAGAGAAAGUGGAAUGAACCUGAACCCUGAGGUGGAUGGAACUCUCAUCAGAGUGCCAGUUCCUAAAGUAACAAGAGAGCACAGAGAGAAUUUAGCAAAGCUUGCCAAACAGUUUACAAACAAGGCUAAAGAGUCUUUAAGAAGAAUUCGAAGCAAUGCUGUUAAUCAAGUCAAGAAGUCAAAGGAUGCUGCUUCAGAAGAUACAAUCAGGCUAAUUGAAAAGCAGAUUCAGCAAAUGGUUGAUGAUAUUGGAGAUGAGAUGGACAAGCUACUAUCAGCAAAAACAAAAGAACUGCUUGGUUGACACACAAGAUAAUGUUUUGGCAACAGAACUAAACUGAAUGUUCAAAUAUGGAUUAAACUCAAAGCUGGGCUAGUGCCUGAGACUCAGAAUCUGUAGUCAUAGUAUUGGCCAUUUGGACACAAUGUUCUACAAAUCCACUUUUACAUUAAAAGUCUUGGAUCCCACAUUUGUUCAAAAAUUGAAUCAUGCCUACCAGUUGUAAUGGUGUCACAUUGCCUUAAGGCUAACAUUCUGUUGUAUUAUUUUCUGUUAAGUGCAGAUGUUACUGAAACUUGACCUAAUAAAUUAAGUCUUUAACAACA